AUGUCCGUCACCCAGGCUCUUCGCCGCUCCAUCAAGGGAGACAAGGACAAGCAGUCCGCUGCGCCCGUCAAGUCGCCCGUUGCCAUCGUGCCCCCGAAAAAGGUCAUUCGGGCGCUCUACGACUAUGAGGCCAGGUCAGACCAAGAGUUGAGCUUCUCACGAGGCGACUUCUUCCACGUCAUCGGUCGCGAGGACGACACCGACUGGUACGAGGCCUGCAACCCCGCCCUGCCCGAUGCCCGCGGUCUGGUACCCGUCUCCUUCUUCCAGGCCCUAGGCCGCUCCGAGCGGGACAGCGGCCACUCGGACGGUGCGCGCGGCGCCGUCCCCGCCAAGAGCCCGGACAACGACUCGGGAUACAGCGAUGGGCCCCAGGGUGUCAUGUCGCCUGGCGCCAUCUCCGGUCCCAUCUCAAGCCCCAUAGGCCCCCCGCAGCGCAAGUCACAGCCCGGCAAGCAGAAGGCACCGAUGAUCUACGGUGUCGUCAUGUUCAACUUUGAGGCCGAGAGGGCCGAUGAGCUCGACGCCAAGGAGGGUGACGCCAUCAUCGUCAUCGCCCAGUCCAACCCCGAGUGGUUCGUCGCCAAGCCCAUCGGCAGGCUAGGCAGUCCCGGCCUGAUCCCGGUCACCUUUGUCGAGCUGCGUGACAUGGCCUCGGACAAGCCCCUGGCCAACCCGGCCGAGGCCAUCAAGAAGGCCGGCGUGCCCAAGGUGGAGGAGUGGAAGAAGAUGGCGGCCGAGUACAAGAACAGCAGCAUCACCCUCGGAAAGUUUGAGGGCGGCGGCCCCCCAGGAACCGCCCAGAACCUGGAUCAGGGUAUGGGUCGCAUGAGCCUCCAGCCCAACGCCCGCCAGAGCAGCCAGAACAACCUCCAGCAGCAGGCCCAGGCCCAGGCUGGCGGCCGCAUGAGCCAGCGGUCCGGCGGCGGCGGCGGCGGCGGCGGGUACGCGCAGCAGCAGGCGUCGCAGCCCAGCGGAUACACGUCGAGAUCGUCAUCGCAGCUGUACGCGCCCAUCCAGGCACGCAUACCUCGGUACUGCUUUGCCGAGGGCAAGUACUGGUUCGUCAUCGAGGCCAUGCUCGAGGAUGGCAGGCAGUGGGAGCUGUCGCGCUACUACGAGGACUUUUACGACUUCCAGAUUGCCCUCCUGACCGAGUUCCCCGCCGAGGCCGGCAACACGGGCACCCAGAAGCGCUCGCUGCCCUACAUGCCGGGACCAGUCAGUUACGUCACCGACGCAAUCACCGAGGGUCGCCUGCACAACCUGGACGCCUACGUCAAGAACCUGCUCAACCAACCCCCAUACAUCUCGAGGUGCCUGCUGGUCAAGCAAUUCUUUGCGCCGCGCGAGGGCGACUACGAGAUUGACCUCAACGAGGCCAGCGCCGGAGAGUACCGUCUCUCGCAAGGAUCACAAAUGUCGUCUGUAGGACCGGCGGGAGAGGGAGAACGCGGCGUGUCGCGGCAAUCAUCGCGAAACAACCUCAACGGCACUGGGUACGCCGGACUGUCUGCCACGCCUCGGCAGAUGAGCAGUGGACAGGACUCGGCCUCGCACUCGCACACCCAGUCCCAGUCACAGCCCGGAGGUGCAGCGAUGAAGAUCAAGAUGUACUACAACGGCGACCUGAUUGCCAUCCGCGUGCCCUCGGAUAUCCAGUACCAGCAGCUGUUUGACAAGAUCCGCGACCGUCUCAAGGUUCCCGAUGGCGAGGAGGUGCAGCUCUUCUACAAGGACGAGGCGACGGGGGAGAAGCCGAAUCUGAUGAGCGACAGCGACCUUGACUAUGCUCUCCAGAACAACGAAAAGUUGCUGCUGUUUGUCGAAGUUGUAUAG